UGACGCUUCCCGCUCUCCCUGCCGCCGCCGUAGAAGAGGGCCCGGAAGUACGGGCUGUGGCGGGCCAGCCGCUCGCGGUUCACGAAGAAUGACUCCGCCUCCACCUGCAGAACUGCGUCUGGAACUGCAUCUUCCUCCGGCUCCUCUUCCGACGACGAGUCGUCCUCCUGCUUCAGUGGGGAUUCCGGUAAACAACCUCAUCUGCUGAAAAAGAUACCGCCAGCAUUGGACGAGACCACAUUCCGAUGAAGAAGGCCGCUAUGUUUGGGACAGUGGGAUGAGUAACCUGAGGCGGCUGCUGUGAAUCCAGAAUGGAGAAGAAGGCGGGAAACCAGUCUUCCUCAGGGCAGACCAGCUCAGCCUGCUUCAAGGUUAUUGUGGUGGCCUUCAUCCUCGUUUUCCUCAUCAUCGGAGUCAUUGUUGGCGUCUUGGCUUCGUACCUGGUUCAGGAGGAGCAUUACUUCAUGGAGACGGUCCAGCUGAAGGGGCUGAACUAUACCUCAGACCUCCAGGAUGACUCCUCCGCCUUCUCCCUCGUCCUCUCCGCCAUCAUCAAGUCCAAGAUGAGGGAGGUGUUUGUUGUCUCAUUGAUAACACAUCACUAUGAAGAAUGCAAUAUCAUUGCCUAUGGGAACAUCAACGAGGAGGUGAUGGUGACCUUCAGGCUGGUGUUCAGGAUGUCCAAGAUGCAGCUGUACUCCGACACUGACCUCCAGGACGUUCUGAGGACUGGGCUGAGUGCCAUGCUCCAGGGGGAAGCUGUGGUGGUGCCAGGCUUUGGGGAGAUCAAGGCCAUCACCCUGCUGGGGGCCAACGGGAAGUCCUUCUACACCAUCGGAGACGCCAUGACCAGGUGUCCUGGCAACACCUUCACCUGUGACAACGGGGAGUGUGUCACCAAGACCAACCCCGAGUGUGACUCGCUGCCUGACUGUACGGACGGCUCCGACGAGGCCCGCUGUGAGUGUGGGACCCGCUCAGCCAUGGGCACCAGGGUGGUGGGGGGGGAGGAUGCCCGGGGGGGGGAGCUCCCCUGGCAGGUGAGCCUCAGGCUGAACGGACGACACAGCUGUGGAGCCUCCAUCAUCAGCAGCACCUGGCUUGUCAGCGCCGCCCACUGCUUCGAGAGAGACAAUGACCCUAAACUCUGGACGGCGCUGGUGGGGUCCACCCUGGUAUCGGGGGAGCAGGAGGAGGCCUCCACCAUCAACAUCAAGUCCCUGACAGUGGCUCCGCGCUACAACCCCAUGACCACGGACUUCGACGUGACGGUCCUGGAGCUGGAGACUCCCGUCACCUUCAGCAGCCACGUCCAGCCCAUCUGCCUCCCCGCCGCCUCGCACAUCUUCGUGCCAGGGAAGAACUGCGUGGUGUCCGGCUGGGGGGCGCUCAACCAGUACACCAGCGACGUCCCCCCCACGCUGCAGAAGGCCGUGGUGAAGAUCAUCGACUCCAAGGUCUGCAACAAGACCAGUGUGUACCGAGGGGCCAUCACACAGAAUAUGAUGUGUGCAGGAUUCCUGCAGGGCAAGGUGGACUCCUGCCAGGGGGACUCUGGGGGCCCUCUGGUGUGUGAGGAGGCUCCAGGGAGGUUCUUCCUGGCGGGGGUGGUGAGCUGGGGCGUGGGCUGUGCUCAGAUCAACCGUCCCGGGGUCUACUCCAGGGUCACUCAGCUGAGGAACUGGAUCCUGAGACAGACCUCCCCCGACCUGGCCCCGGCCCUGCCCCAGACUCCGCCCCCAGUCCCGCCCUCCGCCGUUACCAAGACAGCAGAGAUACACCACGCUAUGAUGAUGAUGGCUGCCCCGCCCAUACCUGCGGUGAACUGCAGCGGGAACUUCCAGUGUGUGUCGGGGUUCUGCAUCAGCAAGACCAACCCCGAGUGUGACGGAGACAUCGACUGUCCGAACCAGGCUGACGAGAAAAACUGCGACUGUGGCGUGCGCCCGGCCGUGGGCUCCCAGAGGAUUGUGGGAGGUGUGACGGCACGGCGGGGGGAGUGGCCUUGGAUCGGCAGCCUGCAGCACCAGCGCCAGCAUCGCUGUGGCGCCACGCUCGUCCACCACAAGUGGCUCCUGACGGCCGCACACUGCUUCAGAAGUGACCCUGCUCCGACCGGCUGGGCGGUCAGCCUGGGCUCGGUGCUGCGUUCAGGCGUGGGGGCCCUGGUGAUCCCCGUCCAGCGGGUCAUCCUCCACCCUAGCUUCAACAGCUCCACCAUGAACCACGACCUGGCCCUGCUGGAGCUGGCUGUCCCAGCGCCCCGCUCCUACACCAUCCAGUCAGCCUGCCUGCCCUCGCCCGUACACAGGUUCCUCAAGACCGCAGACUGCUACAUUGCUGGCUGGGGCUCCAUGAGGGAGGGAGGCUCUCUGACCAACCUGCUGCAGAAAGCUCCGGUCAGUGUCAUCGACCCGGCGGACUGCCAGCGUGCGUACGGCAGCGGACUGAGCCCCAGCAUGAUGUGUGCUGGGUACAUGGAGGGAGGAAAGGACACGUGUCUGGGCGAUUCAGGAGGCCCUCUGACCUGUCGAGAGCUCUCCGGCCCCUGGUUUGUUGCCGGGGUGACGAGCUGGGGCCAUGGCUGUGGGCGGAGCGGCUUCCCAGGAGUCUACACGCGUGUGACGGCCGCCAGGGAGUGGAUCUCCUCCCACCUGCCUUUCUAACGACGCCCCGGACGGAGCAAACAGAGAGCCCUCCUCUCCUCCCCCACUCGCCUCCCUCCGGUGGCCUCCCAGGACAGCUGUGUGGCCGGGGGACCGUGGUGUCCUGUCUCCAGCCUCUCACACGGACCCAGAGACGGGCCUUACACUCUGGAGAAACACGACCAUAGCAGAGGACGUGGUCCAGGACUGUCUCGCUGGAGUGACUUUCUGGACAUUUCAUUACGAUCAGCAUACUAGUGGGGAACCGUGUAUUUAUUUGACUGUAUUUAUUGUGGUGACUGACAUGUAACUUACCAGAAGCAACUUUUUUUGUUUGAUUUUGUGAGGGUUUAGAAAUAUAUGCAUUUAAUUUA